CGCGCAGGCUCCCCCCCCACCCCGGCUCCGCCACACUCAAGAUGGCGACGGGGGCAGGCGCGGGGCCCCGCCCCCUGUGACGCGCGGGUGGUCGAGGCAGGGGCGGAGCGGCGCAGGCAGUAGCCGCUGGAGCCGGGCCGGGCUGGGCCGAGCCGAGCCGAGCCGCGCCGCCGCCGCCGCCGCCAUGCCUUCCGAGAAGAGCUUCAAGCAGCGCCGCACCUUCGAGCAAAGAGUAGAAGAUGUGCGACUGAUUCGAGAUCAGCAUCCAACAAAAAUGCCAGUGAUUAUUGAAAGGUACAAGGGUGAGAAGCAGCUUCCAGUUCUGGAUAAAACUAAGUUCCUGGUACCAGAUCAUGUCAACAUGAGCGAACUAAUAAAAAUUAUCAGACGACGCCUGCAGCUGAACUCCACUCAGGCUUUCUUCUUACUGGUGAAUGGACACAGCAUGGUGAGCGUGUCAACCCCCAUAUCAGAAGUGUAUGAAAGCGAAAAGGAUGAAGAUGGAUUCCUGUACAUGGUAUAUGCCUCUCAGGAAACUUUUGGAGUGCAGUCUUCCGUGUAAUCCAUUCAAGUGGCUUCUAGCCUAGGAUUUUGGUUUUACCUUCUACCCCCCAUCCCUACCCCAGGAAAAAGAAAGGGAUGUCACCUACUUCUCAGUACCUUAGCAUAGUCUUGCUUUAGCAGGUGUCCUCCUCUUACCUUGCCUUGUUUGUGAAUAUUAAACAGCUGAGUGCCAGUACAGACAAGCAUAGAUCUAGCUUUGGAAACCUGCUGUCAUAUUUCACAUAAGCACACUUAAGUCUCCGGACUUCCUGAAUGGAACCAUACCUUGCACAUUCAGAUUGCCAAUACAAGAAACACUUGACUAUCUUCAGUGACACAGGAACUGGCACCAGGUUCCUGUAGUGAACAAAAGUGUUUGUGACAUCUUUCUGUUAAUUCCUCAUGCUGUUCCUAGAAAGUGCUCCUUUUCAUGGAAAAGGUUCCUUUUCCAAUCAUGGAGCAAACAUGUUGGGGUCUAAAGUACAAGUUUGUGCAUAUUAAAACUUUAGUCUAACUAUGGAAUCAUUUGCCUUAGUAUUUGCAGAAAGUGAGGACAAGUGGUGGUGGGGGAAUAGUUUCAUAGUACUGCUACUGCAUAAGAUAAGAUGCCAGAUUCCUGGACAUUAUUCAUACCAAAUGCCAUAGUUUUACUCUAAUUGUAGCAAGUCUGUAUUUUAAGAUGAUUCCAGGGUAGCUCCUGGACAGUUAACAUUAAGAGAAACUUUAAUCUGUUAAGAAUCUUCACUGCUUUCUGGUUUCACUGACACACAUGGCUGCUCCAUGUGAGCUAACUUUCAGUGGAUAGACCCUCCUACUCUGAGGGGCUGCUUUUCCAGAAAAUAAUGGGGUUUUUUUGGUUAAAAGAAAUUACUUCCAUAACCAUGCCUGAGUGAUAGAUGCAGCCCCUAAAAAUGGGUAAUGCCCCCAUAUUGAUCUUGGUCUUUAAAAUCUUAGUUUUACUCCAUGCACUAUUCUGCCUAAUUUGUUUUUGAUUAUUGCUCCCUAUAUUCAGCAAAGCAGCUGUACAUGAACUCUUCAGGGCUGAAAGUCAAACUGCUUUGUUUAUACACAAUUCUACUGAAAACGUUGGAUUCAUACAUGAAUCUAAAUUGUCUCAGUCACUUGUUCAUGUCAUAACUGAUGGGGCAAGUGCUUUAUAAAAUCAUUUCACAUUCAGGAAUUGAUGUUUUAAAGUUCUGAGGUACAACUGUCACUGAAGCUUCCUGCCCACUGCCUGGAGUUUAAAAAUUUGGUGUUACUAGUAUCAUGAAUAGGGAUGCAUCCUAUGCAGAGGGUUCCAAGUAGGAUCAGUGUCCUGCCUUUAGAGUUGUAAAGUUAAGUAUUGCAGACUAAGAUUUACCCUUGUGUAUCAUGUGUAUGAAUUAAUUAAAUCUGUUAGUGGAAGUUAACUUACUAACAGGGAGUAGGGGAGGAGAGAAGCAAUAUUACUGCAUCUUGGCACUCUGUACAACAUCAAGGUGUACAAUUUGUACCUACAGCUUUCUGCAUGCAUCUUGUUCACAAUUCUUAUUUAAGUUUUAAAUGUUCAUUGUUUUUUACUUAAUGUAAACUUUAAAAGCAGCUUGUCUUAUGUUUUUUUUUUUUGUGUAAAACCAUCCUGUUAACUCAUGACAGCCAUUCUUGUAAUUACGGUGUGAUCAAUAUGACUGAUUUCUGUACAAAUGUUGCUUUUUUUUUUAAAAUUAAUACAGUGCUACGACAUGACUCAGUCACAGCUUGAGUGAUAAUUUAGACUGCUUUCUUCUCAUUUUAAUGCAAUAGCCAUUCCUAGAGAAGGGCAGACAAAUGUGUCAAGGGCCACCAUAUAAUUUCAGUACCCAGAGCUGAAUGAUAGGUUUCUCUGUUAGUAGAUCUGAGUGUGGAUUAGCAAUCUAUGGAUGAUGCUUAGGACCCUGAACAACUAUAUUAAAAUUACUCUGUAGAAUGGAGGCGCCCUGUCACAGAAGAAAGGGAGAAGUUAGAAAUACAGGAGGCUUGUGGGGGGCCAUCAUAAGGCAAUCCCAUUGCAAUUUAGUUGUUAGUAGGGAAGGAUGCAUUGUUUCCCAUAGCAAAGACAAAUGAACUACCCACACAAAACCAUACUAAUAAAAUAGCUUGAAUAUUUUCUGCACAGAAAACAGCUGUUCCCAUUUUAUCCAAGAUUUUACUUAACUUCCCUCAAUCUAGCUUUUUAUCCCAAGGCUAACUUGUUAUAUUCUGCAACAUGAGUUACUGUUUAGCUUUUUUUCUGAGUUUACAGUAACAAGUAAGUUUAAAGAAAUCUCAUGUUUUUAAUUUGGGGUUAGAUUCUACACCACUUCAUCAGUAGCCCCUACUGACCUUACUGGGACUAUGACUAGUAAGGUACUACAACAGGCAUAAGGGUGGCAGAAUAAAGCCCUUCAGUGAUUUAAUAAACGAUUCAGAAACAAUUGCAUGUAUUGAGACUUAACUAGGGUUUCAAAGGAAUGGAUCUAGCAGGAAAGCAACGAGCAGACAGCACUUUGUGUAGCUUAGAGUACAAAAUGCCAUUCUUCCAAAACAGUAUUUUAAUACUGGCUUUAAGGGCUAAGGCUGUGUUCAGCAGUUCCUCUUGGAACUUCCACCCGUGAAGACCAGACAUGUAAUUCUCUAAGUCACAGCGCGGUCCUAGUUUAUAAACACUGCAGAACCCCCUGCUCACUAACCCAACAGUCAGUCUUCUGAAAUGAGGUCCAGGAGUGAAGUGUCAAGUUGUGGACAGCAGUACCUUGCAGAGUAACCUCAGUUGUGCUUGACUCAUGCAAAGUCCCUCAAAUUUUAAAUAUUGGAGAAUAGCAGUUGCAUAGAGACACAAACAAUGUAAGGUCUAUCUGAUUCAUUGGCAGAUGAGUAAAGUUAAGACUGAGGGUGGCUUUAACUGUAAAGUUGUUCUGAAUUAAUUUCUAAGAUAGUUCUCAACUUACGUUGGGAGAAAACUAAAAGGGAUAAAGCCUUUUAAAAGCACUUAAGGACUUGGACAUUUUUUUUAUUUUCCAUACAUUAAAUUUACUUAGAUAAAAACGUUCUAAAAAUGUACAAUUUUACCUUUAACAAAGUAUAAUAAAACAUAAAAAUUCCAAUACCAGAAUACUUGACAUUUACAAUUCAAAAUCAAAUUAGCUGAAUAUUAAAUAUUUACAAAACUAUUUUAAAAAUAUUUAUAAAGUUACAUGCACAAUUGACUGAAGUAAGGGAAAUGGCUCAAAUUGGAGUAGGAGUUUCCUUUAUUCCUAGUGGAAAAUUAUAUCCAAGAGAAAUUAUUAAACUAUACUUCAAAACAUAGGAUUUGCUUUGUUUCUGUACCAAAGCAUCUUUUACUUGUGUAAGACCUUAAAUAGUCCCAAGGGUUUGUUAUGUAGUUCCUUAGUAUUGUAGUAACUUACCUUUGGCCUCAAUCAGCAAUAUUGUUUUCCAGAAUCUUGCAAGUGGUAAGUACAUUUACUUCCAACAAAACAGGACCCACUGGAUUUACAAAGGAAUUCUAGACCACUCUCAGAAUCCAUGGCUGUAAGUGUUCUAUAGGAGUGAUGCCAUUAUGAAACUGCAAGAACUAAUCUAUUUUCAUUUGGGGGAGUGAGAUUAGUGUGGCUUCUCUGCCAAAUACCAUAAACCAAAUUUUAGUGUCUGUACUAACAAGCAGUAAAUGGUCUGAAACUCAAACUGAGGUAAGUGGUUGGUUUAUACUAUUUGAGGAAGUCCUUCAUCUAUUUUCUGGCUGAAUUUUUACUGGUCAUGUUUAAUACAGUUUAGGAAGUUUCACAUAACAUGAAACCUGAUAUGACUGUAGGUAAAGUUACUCUGAAAUCCUAUUAAUACCUGCUUCCUGAUAUGAAUCUUCCUUGUUGACACUCCUAACAAAUGUUAAUGACACAAAUAUACUAACCUCUAAUGCUUAAUUUCAAAUUGGACUGCUACUGUCAGGAGUUUGUUGGUAAUUCUGGUUUCUUUCUCCUCCUAACACUUCCAUCACCACUACUUUAAAAUCAGACUAUUGUGAAAUUGCACUAUAUAUUCCCUCUGGUAAGGAAGCUUAAAGUUAUGACCCUCUUCCACAUUCUCAUAGUGCAGAGAAUGACAAGGAGUUUGUCCCUCUUUCGCAUUUUAAAAAAAGUCUCAGGUAUCCUAUAGUGCAAUCUAGUUUAUAAACUAGAUAUUCUUACACUGCCAGGGCAAAGAUUUGAGUAAAAAGCUUAUUCUGUGUCUAUUUUCCAUAUUUGGACAUACAGAAAUGGUAGUAUGAGCUGGUUCUUUCAGUCACUCUAGACAAACUAAUUUGAGAGGAAAGAUGGACUUGUGCCUUUUAAAAUGGAUUAUAUAAUUAAAGUGCUCUGUUUCGGCUCACCAACUUUGGUUGUUCUUGGUACAAACUGAACAGAUUAUGCUAGCAAAUCAGCAGCCAUAAUUCAGGUUGAUGAUUUAGGGAAAGCAGUAUAAACAAUACUUGCUCUUCAAACAUUUCUACAUUAAACUCCACUUCCUUCAAUUUACUCAGGCUCUUCUGAGUUUGAAUUUGAAUUCGGACUUAAAAGGUAAUUUUAAAAGAUAAUCAAGUACACAUUAAUCAGCCUAGGAACUAACAGCCUUAACUUUACAUAAAGGAAACAUUCUUGAAGACAAGAAUUCUGAAUGCAGGAAUGAAAACAUUUUUGAAGAAGCUAACUGGAUAAAAGUUCAGUUUAAUAAUCCUUGUUACCCUUUUAAUUUGCAGUGAAUAUUAGACAAGACUAUACUUCCCAGCCUUACCCAUGAAACAAAAUGCAACUGGUAUAGAAAACAAUUUUUUUUUGUUUUUUGCUAGUUUGAGAGGGCUUUUAAUCCUUGCAUGUGUGUUGAAAUAGUUUAAAUACAGUUCAAUUUUAAAAUAUUCUUUUGUUUAAAAAAAAGUGAAAAAAGGUGAAAGUUUGGCUUUCAGCACAUGUUCCAGGCUACUGGAGAGACCACCAAAAUCCUGUAGUAAACAUUUUAAGUGAAAACUGCAAGUCCCCUUAACAUACCAUAUGACAGCUUUUUUUGUACUAUUGUUUCAAGCUCAUUAAGGCGAAGUAAAUUGCAUUGUCAGUUCUCAUCACGGUAGUGUUGCAGAUUUGAAAGUUGCUCAUGAGACCAUUAUAUGUAACCACCUCAAAAUACAGGCAUAGCAAACAAUUGUUUCAACACUGUCUAUAAAUACUGUGUAGUGUGAACGGAGCUGAGGAUACAGAAGUAUGGCGUUUCUUCAUUGCAUAGAAAUAAGAAACAACAGAAAUCUUGUUAUCUUAAGAAAUCUUUUUGAAAAACCAAAUGUUACACAACUUCAGGCUUUGGUUUCUAUAAGCCAAAAAACUGUAUGACCUCCAAAUUAAAACUGGGACAAGUUUGGUGUCUUGCCAUCACAUGUUACAAUGCCUCUUUAUCAAUACUAAUUCAUCAUAUUGUCCUGGCCUGUUGUUGCUUUUGGGUGAGGCUGACAGUUUUGAGAAAACGGAACUGAAAGAUGUCCCAGACGUUUAACUUCUAACACUUGCCAUUAAAAUCUUGACUGACAAUUUAUUGCAUUAGCUACUUAAACUAACACUUCAGUAGCCAACGCCAGAUCUACCCUGAGGAGCUUUGCGCACACAUAAAAAGUGUCUUGCACUGGUACGGCUUCCUUGCUUUCAAAUCAGAGCAAGAUGCACCAAUACAAGAGCUAUUUAUUCUGGCAUAGCACAUCUACCCUUCAGGUUUGCACUGGUAUAGCUAUACAGGUGUAAAAAAAAUCCCACAAGGUAAACAAGGCCUCAGAUAUUAAAGUUGCAUACUCUAAUCUGGAAAACAAGAAUCACUUUAAAUUUCAGGCCUUUUUU